AUGUCGCUCGCACGAACAUCCAACGCCCUUCGAAGAUGGCCAUAUCUCUAUGAUAAUCCACUUCUCCUAAGUACCAGUUAUAUCCCCACCAACACCCGUCUCUCGGACUAUCGCACCCCGCGCGCCAGCGAACACAAAACCACAUCUCCACAGGCCACCAGGCCAUUUCACUGUACAACCUCCUGUUAUGCAGCUCGAUCUCCGGCUGCCCGUCGAGCUCAGGCUCAGACUCAGCGGCUCCGGCCAGUCUACUCGAGCGAUGGCCUAUUCAACCUCCCUGCGCAUGGGGACUUGACAGCGCGGCUCAAGUACGUCGACGAGAAAGGACCGCUGCUAUGGAUGUCUGCGCUGGCCGAAGGGCUCCUUGACGACAAAGUCUCAAAGAACACGUUCCUGGAUAUUGCAAAAAGGUUACUGGAAACAGCUCAUAGAGAGCUACCAUCGGCAGACGCCAUCCGGGGGAUAUCCUCAGACCUCAUCUUCCAAAUCGGCUACAUCGUCUCUGGCGGUAACCCAUCCUUCCGAGAAUGGCUCCUCGCCUCCACCACCCACGCAGGCGCCCGCGUGCCCCUCCUCAUGUCUGCUGCCAGAUACCUGAACUCCCUGGGUAACACCGCCCCAGUCCGCACCCCAGCCCUCGAGAAAGUCGAGCAUCUCGCCCUCCAUGACCGCGACCCUCGAGCCAUGACUCUCCACGCUAAGGUCCUCGGCCUCCGGAAACGCUACACGGAUGCCCUCCGCCUCAUCGAGCAGGUCAUGGCCCUCAUCUACCCGUCCAAGGUACCCGUCGCGAAAGACGGGGGGUUCGGGAUGGCGCGCAUCGAGCCGCCCUGGCGCGUGUACGCGUGGCUGAAUGACAAAGCACAAGCUCAAGCGAACGCAGAUACGAAAACGGGCGAGGUUGGAACCAAGACAGAUGAUCUCCUGCGCUCUGCAGCCCUGGACUACCAGGACCCCGAGUCGCUGGUCCAGUAUGCCACAGCGCGGAUGCGAGCGGGCGAUCUGGCCAUGUACGAGGAUUGCAUGAGCCGGGCCGCGACGGCAGGGAAGGCCGAGGCGUGCCGUCGACUCGCGAACUUCUACUAUCUCACUUCGCUGGGACGGUACCCGCGGCGAGGGGUGCACGAGACCGAGGCCAAGACCAGUGCCCCCGUGGAAGUAGCCGCAAAGCCAGCCUCAAGCGCAUCCUCGCGAACGAGUGAGCCGAGCAAUCGCGGGAAACUCUCUGCUCUGUUAUCAAGUGUUUUCGGGCCGCAGCCUCGUGCGGAGUACCGCAAGCUAGCGUUAGAAUGGUACGAGUUGGCUUUCAGCCAUGGGAGUGAGCAAGCGGCCGUGGUUCUAGCGGUGCUACUACGGAAGGAUGGCUCCGCAGCCCGGGGGCUGCAAUUAUUGGAGCAGAUCGAGGGGUCAUCCUCACUAGGGCCCUUCGUUAGGCGUAUCAAGGCUCAGUGGGAUGAACAGGGCCAGGAGAUUGGUAUUCCUCCUGAGUUGCUGGAUGUUUAA